CGACGAACAAGCCAUAAUUGUCCAUUGUCCGAGACCGUGUCCGGCGCCGUACUCGAGAGCGGUCCGCAAGAUUUCGGGACGGGGGUCCACGCAACGAGAUGGCCGCCGCGACUGAAAGCGCGCCGAGCAACCGACCUGCCGAAGGCCCAGAGUCGUCAAUGGGCGUGAGAACCAUCCCCAUCAUUGCGCCUACGAUCCAAAUGUCUACUCCGUCGCCAGGCGAGCCCAUGGAGAUCACCACGCCGACGAACUCGUCCGCGCCGGCGUCGGCGACCAAGAGUCCGGAGCACGACGUCAAGCCCAACGGGGCCACGAGCGACCGCCUGCAGCCGCCGGCUCCGCAGAACGAGCAGCCGGACAACGCGAUGCCGGCGCCGGCAACCUCGACAGUCCCCGCUCUCCAUCAGCCUAAGGUGCAGACGGCCUUUAUACACAAACUGUGGAGCAUGCUUGAAGAUCCCAAGAUCCAGCAUCUCAUCUCGUGGACUGCGAACUCGGACAGCUUCGUCAUCCAGCCUUCGCACGAAUUUUCGAGGGUGCUCGCGCAAUACUUUAAGCAUACAAACAUCUCCUCUUUCGUAAGACAGCUCAACAUGUAUGGCUUUCACAAAGUAAGCGACGUCUUCGCCCACGGCACGCCCGACUCGACCAUGUGGGAGUUUAAGCACGGCAACGGGAACUUCAAGCGGGGAGAUAUGGUAGGGUUGCGCGAGAUCAGGCGCCGGGCUUCGCGCCACGCGCUGGUGCACCGAGAGUACAACAACCAAAAAGCGCCGUCGUCGCAGCCUGGGACGCCGGCGGAGCCCAUGGCGCCCAUGCAGGAUGCCUCCAACCCGAGGCUCAGCAACAUCGAGCACACGUUGUUCGAGCUAAGCACCCGGCUGCAGCGACAGGAGGAGAACGCCCAGUACAUGCAGGUUAAGCAUCAGGCCAUCAUGGACACGGUGGCCCGCUUGCUGCAGUUCAAUCAGGACCUGUCACGCGCCGUUCUAGCCCUUGCGCCCAGCCCCGACAACCCGAUACACCGGGACGUCUCGGCCCUGCAGUCGGAGGUCCAGCGGCAGAUGGACCUGUUCCGCACGCUCGAGGAACCCCACGAACCCAUCUUUGCCAACAGCCGUUCCUACUUCUCCAACGUAGAGAACGCGCCGGUCUCGCCGCGGCAAUUACCGCAGGACGAUCCGCGCAGGGGCAAUCUUGCGGUCCCCCCGCCGCGGCAACCGAACCACUACCGCCCGUCGGUGCCAUCCAACCUAUCCAUCAGCACACGGCGGCCGUAUGGAUCAAUAGGCGGCAACAGCACGCAAUCAUCCCCAUCGUCCAUCCGCGUCCACCCGCCGCCCCCGCCGCCCGGGCCACACCCCCUGGCCAACGUCGAGUUGCCCCCCGGCAGCCUGGCGCGACGGCACACCUCGGCCGAUAUCCGCGCGCACGGGUGGCAGUCGAACCCGCCGCCCUUCGCGUCCGGCCCUUCCUCGUCGCAGUGGCCCUCGUCGCCAAGCCGGGUCGCGCCCGCCGAGGACCAGCGGCUCCGCGACUCGUUCUCGCACUACUCGUUCCACCAGCCGGCGUCGCAGCCCCACUCGCGGCCGGCCACGCCGCCGCUGCCGCACCUGUCCAACGGCGGCCCGCCGCCGCCCGCCGUCGACACCUUCGGCAGCUGGUCGUGGAACUCGGCGAACCGCGGCGACGGCGCCGCCGCCCGCAACCUCAUGGUCAAGGACCACUCGGCGCCCCCCACCAGGAGGGGCAGCAUGGCCCACAUCCUGAACCCGACCGACACGGCCGAGAGGGCGGACGAGGACGGCCUGGACCCCCGCGGCGACGACGACCGCAAGCGCAAGCGCCUGCAAUGAUGCGGCUCUCGCUCUCUCUCUCCCCUCGUCUUGCCUGCCCACCGCGGCCUCCCGGCCUCACUUCCUCCUCUCGCUGCUGCGCCCUCUCCCGCCUGCUAUGGCAACGCGCCGGGUCCGAAUUGGCAUCUCUUUCCCGCCCUGUACUCUAACGGCCGUGCACACAACAAGCCCUGCAAAGCUCUGUCUGUUUUUGACGACUAUCUCUCCAUCCCCACCUACUACUACCCAGCGUGGGAGCGGAACACAUAAUAGUAUUAAUCGGUUGUGGCAUUCCUGAUCUUUGCGCGCCUUGAAGUUGUUGGACAGGACAAGGGCCCGGAGCAGGAGGAGGUGGAUUGCUAUUGGCUAUAUUGGCUGUUCAGUGAAGAUUCUGGCCGG